AUGAGUUUGUGGGUGGAUAAAUAUCGUCCUUCUAGUCUUAGUAAAUUGGACUAUCACACAGAACAAGCGGAACAUUUAAAAAAUAUGGUCCAAAAAGGUGAUUUUCCACAUUUACUAGUUCAUGGACCUCCAGGUGCCGGCAAAAAAACACGAAUAAUGGCGAUUAUUCGCGAACUAUAUGGUCCUGGAGUUGAGAGACUAAGAAUGGAACCAAUGCAGUUUGAAACACCAUCAAAAAAGAAACUUGAAUUGAUGACUAUAAGUAGCAAUUAUCACAUCGAAGUAAAUCCUAGUGAUGUUGGCAUUCACGACAGAAUAGUCAUAAUGGAUUUAGUAAAAACAACCGCUCAAACUCAUCAAAUUGAUAUUAAUGGCCAACGAGAUUUCAAAGUUGUUCUAUUAACAAACGUCGACCAGUUAACUAAGGAUGCUCAACAUGCUCUUCGAAGAACAAUGGAAAAAUAUAUAACAACUUGUAGAAUAAUUCUUUGUGCUAAUUCAACAUCACGAGUUUUACCAGCAAUCAGGUCUCGUUGUCUUGGAAUACGAGUCCCGGCACCAACAAAUGAUGAAGUAAAAUCUGUUCUUCAUGGUAUUGCAAAAAAAGAAGGAAUUAAUUUACCUGAUGAAUUAGCUUCUAGAUUAGCAACUGCUAGUGGGAGAAAUCUCCGACGAGCUAUUUUAAUGCUUGAAGCAUGUAAAGUUGAACAAUACCCAUUUACCGCAGACCAACAAAUUACAGAACCAGACUGGCAAAGUUUUAUUAGAAAAACUGCAGCAAUGAUGGUAUCAGAACAAACCCCAAGAAAAUUAUUAGAUAUUCGUGGUAGACUUUAUGAAUUACUUACACAUGCCAUUCCUUGUGAUUUAAUAUUCAAAGGGCUUCUACAAGAAUGUAUAAAAAAUUGUGACUUACAAUUAAAAGCCGAAAUCGUGUUGGUAGCUGCCGAAUUUGAACAUAGGAUGCAUCGAGGAUCAAAAGCUAUUUUUCAUCUUGAAGCAUUUGUUGCAAGAUUCAUGACUAUUUAUAAAAAAUUUAUGGAUGUAGCCAUGGAUGAUUUUGAAUAA